CCCGUUAUGAAAAAGAUUGAUCAGCUGUGUGACAAAAGUCAUCAGUGCCAAAAUUGGCGACUGCAGUCUACUGUGACGAAAAACAAUGCCCCAAGAAGAGACACAUGCUAAACGGAAGAAGAAUGAAGAUCAGGCUGUCACGAACUUCAGGGAGUAUCUCAGGAUAAAGACAGUUCACCCAGAUGCUGAUUACGAUGGAGCCAUACAAUUUCUUGAACGUAUGGCAAAAGAACUGGAGCUACCGUUUAAGUGCAUUGAAGUUCAUCCUGGAAAACCAGUUGGUAUAAUAACAUGGAAUGGAAAGAAUCCAUCUCUUCCUUCUUUGAUGUUAAAUUCUCAUAUGGAUGUGGUGCCUGUAUUCCAGGAGCACUGGAAAUGUGACGCGUUUGAAGCCAAGAAAAUGGACAAUGGUGACAUUUAUGGCAGAGGGACACAGGAUAUGAAGAGUGUUGCAAUACAGUAUAUUGAGGCGAUUCGGAGGUUGAAAAGUAAGGGAGAAACACCACAGAGGACUAUAUAUAUGACAUUUGUUCCUGAUGAAGAAGUUACUGGUACUCUUGGAAUGGGUUUAUUUAUAAAGAGACCUGAGUUUAAAGAGAUGAAUGUGGGAUAUGUCUUAGAUGAAGGUCUUGCCAAUCCAGAGGAUGCAUUUACAGUAUUCUAUGCCGAGAGACCAGUUUGGUGGGUGAAUGUAAAAUGUACUGGUAAUCCAGGACAUGGUUCAAGAUUUAUUGAAAACACAGCUGCUGAGAAGUUGCAAAAAGUUAUUGACUCAUUCCUUGCAUUCAGAGAAGAACAGAAAAAAAGGCUUGAGAAAAAUGUUGAUCUUCGCCUUGGUGAUGUAACAACUGUGAAUCUAACCAAACUACAGGGAGGCAUUGCGCACAAUGUGGUGCCUGUUGAUUUCACUGCAUCCUUUGAUAUUCGUCUUUCAAUUGAUGUUGAUAUGAAAAUUGGGAUAUUCAAGGGUUGGAGACACGUAAGUAGAGAUAUCAGUAGGUUGGGACAUCAGAACAUGAAGAUUGAAACGGAGGUGUUCCCAGCAGCCACUGACAGCCGUUUUUUACGAGCAGUUGGUUACUCUGCUAUUGGUUUUUCACCAAUGAACAAGACACCAAUUUUACUGCAUGAUCACAAUGAAUUCCUGAAUGAAGAAAUCUUUCUCAAAGGCAUCACCAUAUAUGAGAAGAUCAUACCGGCAUUGGCCAAUGUCCCAGCUAUAUGA